CUUCUGCUCUCUUUCUUCGUCAACCCUUCCUUCACAGGCCUUGCCUCCUGCCAUCAUCUCCCUCUCUCUCUCAGACGAGGAGUCAGGGCCUUGUGCUAGUCGAAGAAAUGGCUUUUCAGACUGCACAUAUUUCUCUUACUGUGGCAGCAUUCGGAGUUCUAGCCUUCAUAUUUGGAGUAGUUGCUGAAAAUAAAAAGCCGCUAUAUGGAACUCCAAUUACUGGAAAAGGUGUUGUUAUUUGCAAGUAUCCUUCUGAUCCGACCGUUGCUUUGGGGAGUUUAUCUAUUGUAGCUCUCUUUCUGUCAGCUUGUUUUGGACUUUUUUCCAUAUUUUACCCCUACAAAGGAAACUCUGUUCCAAAAGCGGCUUUGUUCCGAAGCACUACCUUGGUUGUGUUCUUCAUAGUUGCGUUGGCUGUGUCUGUGCUUGCGGAGGGGAUGAUGAUGUGGGCAACAAUCACUGAAGGCCUUCACAUUUCUCUCAAUGUUCAUCACAACCUCGAUUAUCAAUGUCCCACAGCCAAGACAGGUCUUUUUGGUGGUGCUGCCUUUCUGGCCCUUGAUGCUUCAUUAUUCUGGCUGAUUUGCCAAAUGUUGACACUCAAUGCCAGAGCUGACUACCUAGUACAAGAUGACCCCAAAGGAGAAUAUGGUCAGGUCCUUGCAACUGAAUAUGAUUCAAGUGCCAAGCCCUAGAACUCCUAGAUGCUUUUGAGCAUCUUCUUGGGUUGAUUAUUUAUGGAGUCAUCAUUUUCCAUUUUCAGUCUUUACUGUAAAUAUGAAUGCCAUUCUGGAUCUCUUGCUCCUUGUGUUUCUGAUAUUUAAUAGCAAUAUUAACUGUCUAGGUUUCUGUUUGAAAUGGUGUUUAUCCGAGUUCAUGAAUGUUAUCAAACGUGUGACUUGUACAA